UUCACGAUAGGAAAAACAGAAAAACAUGGCGGCGCCCAUAGAAGGAGUGUCAGAUGAAGCUGUAGCCUGACUUUCCAAAUACAGCUAAGCGAUUCAUUAUUUGUAUUAAUCCUGUAGUCGAUUCAAAUAUAUUGGACAUUUGAUAUUCCUGCUCCUGCAAUUAUCAAGUGUAUUGCAUUUAGGUAGGUGAAGAUGUGGAAUACUGUCAGUGCAAAACAAAUGGGUUGGAAGACACUCCAUAACAUGUGCAGUUAUUGCAUACAGAGACAUGUUUCUGUCCGACUGUGUAAUCGAAGAAUCCAUAUCAAACAUAGAUGUGGUGGACCCAUCCCUGACCAGACACUGACAGUUGGCACCAUUAAGGAUUCGACACCAGGACCACCUUGGAGAAUAUUGUUUUUAGGCACUGAUGAUUUUGCAGUAGAAUCCCUAAAACUGCUCUCCACGUUCAGAAAGUCCAGUGAUGGAGUUGUGGAGUCACUUGAGGUUGUCACACUAGAUAAUGAUGUCCCAGUGAAGAGGUUUGCUGAGGUGAACAGUCUCCCGGUUCACACAUGGCCUCUUGGAGAUCUCCAGGGCCGGUUUGAUGUUGGAGUGGUGGUGUCCUUCGGCUGCCUACUCCGGGAGAGACUAAUCAACCAAUUUCCAUAUGGGAUCCUGAAUGUCCACCCCAGCCUGCUCCCCAGGUGGCGAGGCCCAGCCCCGGUGUUCCACACUAUCCUGCAUGGGGACACCGUCACGGGGGUCACUGUCAUGCAAAUACGAGCCAAAAGGUUUGAUGUGGGUCCCAUUCUUCACCAGGGAUUCCACCAGAUCCCUGAGAACUGCACUGCUGACCAGCUAGGAGCAACCCUGGCUGCUCAGGGAGCUAGCCUGUUGAUGGAGACUUUGAAGAACCUUCCUGAGAGAAUAUUACACCAAAGGGAGCAAGACAAAGAGGGUGCAACAUUAGCACCUAAAAUAAACGCGUCUAUGAGCUGGAUGGUGUGGGAGGAGCAGACCUGUGCCCAAAUUGACCGCCUGUAUCGUGCUAUUGGAUCUCGAAUCCCGUUGAGGACCAUUUGGAUGGGGAAAACAGUCAAGUUGUUGGACUUUGUCGGCACAUGCAAUAUAUCUCUUUCAGGGAGAGGAAGGAAGCCAGUGCCAGGAUGCAUCAGCUACCAGAAAGAAUUAGACACAUUGGCUGUCUGUUGUAAGGAUGGCUGGGUGGGAUUCAAGGCAGUGAUACUAAAGAAGAGACUGUCUGCAACAGACUUCUACAAUGGCUACCUCCACCAGAGCUUUCAGAAGAGAUCCUCUCACCAGACACAGGAGUGCCUGUUUGUCAGCAACAAGAACAGAACUGAGCUCCAGCCAAUAGGAGAGAACACAUUGACACAACAUACUGUCCAUUAAGGCUCAUAAUAUAGUAACCAUUGUACAAUGGCAUCUCAUUUGAUGGAGUUAAUAUUAUUCUUUGCAAAGAAUUUCUCUUUCUCUGUCUGUUUUAAGACAACUGAAUAUCAACAUGAAUGUAAUAAAGUGGCAUUCUUCACAAA